AUAAAUGUUUUGAGGUUGUGAUAGGUACCCCAGAAAAUAGUUAUUUGUUUUACAAAGGCGCAAAGUUGUUGUUUAACCGCUCAUGGUAAUAUUGAUACCCGAGCAAACCAAAGAUUCCGAAAAGUGAGUGGUAUCUUGAGCGUUGCAAGGGUUUCAAAGCACGAGGGUUAAACAAAUUUUGCCCCCGAGUGACACUAAAUAUUUCACCACACCAACCCGAAGAAAAUAUUAACUAUAAGAUAUGAAACAAAAUCAAAUCCAAAUGAACGUCAUUAAAUAUUUAUCAUUCAAAAUCAUCAUAUAAAAUUAAAUUCCACCAGUUAACAUUAAGAAACAACUCAAAAUUUGCAUCUGAUUACUUUGCCCCACGUGGAUAAAAUGCAACUAUGUCAUCAGUUUUUGAACAAUCAAGGGAGCCUUUAACAGCUGUUGCGGUGAAAAUAUACAAGUGCGACAAAAACUGGCUAAUAUUUAAGACUUGGAGACUUGGAGAGGCUUUUAAAUGGGAAGCCGCUGUCAGAACUUGAAUUUGACAGCGUAUUGAAUUAUACAAUCUCUGAUUCUAAGAAUAUUUCAACCCUAUUGCAAAUAUAAAACAGUGCACAACAGUUCAAAAAGUGACAUAUUUACUAUAAACAUUGGCUAAUUGUCCGAGUGGGUUCAUGUACAAACCUUGGGUUAAUAAAGACAAUACAAUCCAAUCAUUGAACUUUAGCUACGUGCGAAGUGCAUGGCAGGGGUACAGUAAAGCGAUUGCAGUGCAUGUCGUGGUAAAAGUUGGCACUAAUUUCAAGCAUCAAGCAGAUUUCGUACAAGUUACACGUAGGCUCAUAAUGUAAUUUUUAAUUAACGAUAAGUCGUGAGAUAUUCAUUUAAAUUGUAUGGUGUUACGGACCAAUGUAAUGCUGUAUAGGCCCUUAGCGAUCUUACUGGUAUUUCAAAUAUAUUCUCAGUACUGUUAUAAUAAUAAGAAGUCCGACCUAUAUCUCUUAUAUCUCUUGUAACGCAGAAUCAAGUCUCGAAAUUAGUUCAGUUUCCAUUAAAGCUUGCAUGCUAAAACCAAUUUGAAUUAACGAAGAGUUUCUCGCCACAAUUAUAAUAAUAUGCAUGGUAGGGAACUCUGAAAACUUCCAAACAAACAAUGUCAAAAAGCAGAUUCCGUAUUGUAUUAGAUUAUUUUAUGUAUUUAAAACAAGUUAAUUAUAUAGGUUGAAAACCCCUUUUGCAUGUAGUAAUAAAGUUUUCGGCUAGACGUCCCAUAUAUUUGAAAUUUGUUAUAAGACGUAAGGUUUGCACUUGCAGGCUCAUUAUUUACUUUAAUUAAGAAGUUUCGUUUUUAUUAAAUAAUUUAUUUACCUAUUCAGCUUCGUAUUUAAAAGGAUUCAAAUAUAUCAAGUUCAUUGUGUUUUGAAAACACCUGUUUCAAUGAACAGGUUUCGGAGAACCACACGGUCGCGGUUGGCGGUGGUGUUUUUGCGGAGUGGACGCAUGCGCGGUUCGGCCGCGCUCGGCGGGAUGCUGCAAGUCUAUACGAACAUCUGCGUCGCACGUCUCGGCGCCGCAAAUACCUAACGCGCCCUUAAGCGAUAUAAACACGCGGCAACUGUAACUCCACUUUUUUAAUAACUUGUCUAACUAUAUAGGAACUUUUAAGACAUGUUUGUGGCUGUGCUGGUUGGCGGUUUUUUGUUCUUAAGCCCGCAAGUUGACGCAAAAGGACCGGUCUACUUGACAACUAAAAAUGGAACAUUUCCAAUAUCGCUGACCGCGAAGUCCCGCGAGGCGGCGUCACAACACUCUCCCAAGAUUUUGUCCAGCGUUGAUAAAAAAGCUCCACAAGCCCCCGGUUAUAGCGACCGUGACUACUGGGACACCAGUGACAAAAUAAUUUCCAAUUAUUUGAACACAACGUUUGGUGAAAUGGACACGCGCUAUAUGUGGAAAAACAAAAGGAGCAUCAACGACGCGGUUUCCAGAAAUAUUACUCUGGUGCUCGAGAACCUUUUGAAGAAUUAUGAGAACUCGCAGCUCCCUACUCAUGGAAAAGGUUACCCUACAGUUGUGCAAACCAAUAUAUUGAUAAGGAGUAUGGGCCCGAUAUCAGAGCUUGAUAUGGAUUAUUCAAUGGACUGCUACUUCAGGCAAUACUGGCGCGACACCCGACUCUCCUUCCUGGGGCCCAUUCGCUCACUGUCCCUAUCCAUCAAGAUGCUCGAGCGGAUCUGGCGCCCCGACACUUACUUCUACAAUGGCAAACAUUCAUAUGUGCACACUAUAACUGUGCCCAACAAGCUGUUAAGGAUCAGUCAGCAUGGCGAUAUAUUGUACUCGAUGAGGUUGACAAUUAAAGCUAAAUGCCCCAUGGAGCUUCGGAAUUUUCCAAUGGAUCGCCAGUCCUGUCCACUUAUACUUGGUAGUUAUGCUUACUCCAACCAGCAACUGGUGUACCAGUGGCAGAACUCGCAAAGCGUCAACUUUGUCCCAGGAAUGACGCUGUCCCAGUUCGACCUAAUCAGCUUCCCUUACCGAAACUUCACCUUCACCAGGCGAGAAGGAGAUUUUUCCGUGCUUCAAGUAUCGUUCAACCUGCAGCGACACACUGGGUACUUCCUCAUCCAAGUAUACGUGCCGUGCAUCCUCAUCGUAGUCCUCUCCUGGGUAUCAUUCUGGAUACACCGCGAGGCAACGUCGGAUCGCGUGGGCUUGGGAAUUACAACCGUGCUGACCCUGUCCACCAUAAGUCUGGACUCUCGCACUGAUCUGCCCAAGGUGCGAUACGCGACGGCCCUGGAUUGGUUUCUACUCAUGAGCUUCUUCUACUGCAUCGCUACUCUUCUUGAAUUUGCUGGCGUCCAUUACUUUACCAAGGUCGGCUCUGGCGAGAUCGUGAUAGACGACGCGGAAUGGGAAGAGCUAAUCGAGGAGGUGGGGGGCGACGCGUUUGCCGCACGACAACUCGCCGCUCGCCGCCGGAGUUCCGCCAGAUCAGCUGCCAACUACAGUUUCACUCUGCCGCAACAAAGCAACUCUCCAGCGGAAGCCGGCUCUGAGCCCGUAGUCCGACUGACCAUGGAACGCACCACACAGACGGAGUCGCGCGUGCCUCGCUGGCGGCAGCUGCUGUACUGUCUCGCCGGAGACGACCUUUACCGGAGGAAGCGGCAGGUCGAAGCUGAUACGUUCCGAUCUUCCGGUGCGAAGUAGCACGUGUUGUAUUGUAGGUCAUUUCGGUUUGGUAACAAUAGAAUAUUGGUAGCAUCCAGUGAAAGGAAAUAAAAGUGGGUAGAAUCAAGCUGGAGCUAUAUAAACUAAUUACAGGCAUAGAUACACCUCAUGUGAUUGUAUGUGCAGUUUCAUUACAAUCCAACACGUAGUUUUAAAAUGAGAAGGAAACUCCGUUUGUAUGGGAAGGUGAAAUUCGGCUGAGCUUGCUGCGGACUCUUAAAUGGAAUAAUUUACACUAACUGUAGCUUUAAGUACUCGAACAAGACGUUCAAUACAGUCAUAAGAGCCAGCAAAGUCAUUGAAAGUAUCUUUCGUAGAGAGAAAUUAAGGCUCUCAAUUAAUAACAAGACUGGUUGAUCAAACAGGCUCUUUAAUUACCGCGGUGGCAGCUGUGUUGUCUCAAACUUGGCGCCAUGAAUAUUAGAGGAACAAAAUAUAUAAAGCAAAACAAUUAACUUUAUCAUAGCGGAUGCUUAUGUUGACAUUGCCCAAUGAGUUACAUUCCGCUUAGGUCCGCGUUAAUUAAAAAGUGAAAGAGAUUUUCAACGUUUUUAGGGUCCCGUAGUCAACUAGGAACCCUUAUAGUUUCGCCAUGUCCGUCUGUCUGUCUGUGUCUGUCUGUCCGAGGCUUUACUCCGUAAUGGUUAGUGCUAGAAAGCUAUAAAUAAAAUAAAAAUUGUUUAUUUCGGACCAUUAAAAAAAUCCAUAGCGAUAUUAGUAAAAAUCUUAACAGCUAUCUUAUUCUCUAUGUUAAUUAACUACAAACUAAUCCAUACCUUACCACCUCACCAAGAGGCUUUACCCUACUUAUCCCUCCCAAUCACCACACCGACCCAGUAUUUAGUGAGCAGGCAGUAGUCUCUCGGCCAACGUCCUCAGCAUGCUGUUGUUGCUACCGCGCACACGUUUCAGCAGAGAGGCAAUUCGUUUGCGCCUAAUUGCAAAGAAGUCAUCUGCCCUUGCCUCUGCGAACAUGCCAGAGGCACUGCAGUGCUUUGGUCGCUUCAGCAGCAUUCUGAGGAUGUUGUUGUACUGCACACGUAUCGUGUUAUAUGCCUUUUGUGUAAACCUCACCCACAUGCUGCACGUGUAAAACGACUGGCAAUAAGCCUUGAACAGUGUUAUCUUUACUUCCUGUGUACAGCGUGCAAACCUGCGGGCGAGCAUAUUUCCUCGUACUGCCAACG